AUGGACCCAGAAAAUCUACAGGUUUAUGCCAAUGCCAUCCAUGAAAAAGGAGCACCUUAUGAAAAUUGCUUUGGCUUUAUUGAUGGAACGGUCAGACCAAUUUCACGGCCAAAAAAACAUCAGCGAAUUGUUUACAAUGGCCAUAAAAGAGUUCACUCUUUGAAGUUCCAGGGUGUGGCAUUGCCAAAUGGUUUGAUUGCACAUAUUUUUGGUCCAGUUGAAGGAAAAAAACAUGAUGCUGGUAUGCUGGCUGACUCAAACUUCCAUCAAGACCUGGAACAAAAUGCUUUUCCUGUGGAUGGGAGACCAUUAUGCAUAUAUGGGAAUCCCUCUUAUCCAAAGAGGAUUCAUCUACAAGCUCCUUUUCGGCAUGGGGUAAUCACAGACAGAAUGAAAGAAUUCAACAAGCAAAUGAGUUCAGUUAGAGUGUCUGUGGAAUGGUUAUUUGGAGAUGUGAUCAACUCAUUCCAGUUCAUGGUCUUCAAAAAAAACCUCAAAAUAGGUCUAAGUAGUGUUGGGAAAGCAUAUAUUGUCUGUGCAUUGUUAAGAAAUUCACUCACUUGCAUGUAUGGAAAUAUAACAUCCAAGUUUUUUCAGUUAGAUCCUCCAACCUUGGAGAAUUACUUUAUAACUAAUUAAUGAAUGCCAAAAUGACUCAUUAUUAAACACACAAACAAUUAGCAAGUAUGUAACUUGUUAUGUAAGUACUGACAAAUGUAAGUGAGAAAAGUAUUAU